AUGGACAAAACCGACAAGCUGAACAACACUGACCAAAUGGUCGACACUGACAAGGUGAACACCGCUGACAAACUAGACACCGCUGACAAAAUGGACAACACUGACGAGAUAGACAACACUGACAAAGCGAACACCGCUGACAAGAGGGGCAAGACAGACAAGCCUGACAACACUGACAAGGUGAACAACGUUGACAAACUGGACAGAACUGACAAGAUGGACAACACCGACAAGGUGAACAACGCUGACAAACUGGACAUUACUGACGAGAUGGACAACAACAACGAGGUGAAGAACGCUCACAAGAGGGAUAACAUUGGUAAGGUGAACAACACUGACAAACUGAACAAAACUGACGAGAUGGGCAGCAUUGGCAAGGUGAUCAAGGUUGAAAUAGUGGGCAACUCUGACAAACCUUACAACGCUGACAAACCUUACAACGCUGACAAGUUGAACAACGCUGACAAACUGGACAAAACUGACGAGAUGAACAACGCUGGCAAUGUGAACAACGCUGACAAACUGGACAACUCUGACAAACCUGACAACGGUGACAAACCCGACAACGCCGAUAAACUAGACAACACUGGCUAG